AUGGUGGAUCACUUGCUUCCAGUGGACGAGAACUUCUCGUCACCUAAGUGCCCAGUUGGUUAUCUGGGCAAUAGGCUGGUAGGGCGGGCGUACCACAUGCUGCCCUCGCCCCUCUCGGAAGACGACAGUGACGCUUCCAGCCUCUGCUCCUGUGCCAGCCCUGACUCGCAAGCUCUCUGCUCCUGCUACAGCGGUGGCCUGGGUACUGAGGGCCAGGACAACAUCUUGGACUUCCUGCUGUCCCAGGCUACACUGGGCAGUAGUGGCAGUGGCAGCAUCGGGGCCAGUAGUGGCCCUGUGACCUGGGAGGCCUGGCGAAGGGAGCCAGUCCCUGUGAAAGGAGAGCAUUUCUGCUUCCCUGAGUUUGCUGUGAGUGACCUGGAUGAUGUACCAAGGCCCUUCCAGCCCACCCUGGAGGAGAUCGAAGAGUUUCUGGAGGAGAACAUGGAGCUGGGGGUCAAGGAGGCCCCAGAGAACAACAGCAAGGAAUUGGAGGCCUGUGGUCAGCUCUCAGCCGCACCACAUAGGAGCCAUGUCCAUCCUGGGUCUGGUGGGAGAGAGCGCUGUGCUCCCCCACCUGCUGGUGCCAGUGCAGGUGACACCCAGGGCCCAAGUGGGGGGCCUGCACCUGACGGCCCUGUCCCCUUGCUGCUGCAGAUCCAGCCUGUGCAGGUGAAGCAAGAAUCAGGCACAGAGCCCGCCUCCCCUGGGCAGGCCCCAGAGAGUGUCAAGGUAGCCCAGCUCCUGGUCAACAUCCAGGGGCAGACCUUCGCACUCUUGCCCCAGGUGGUGCCCUCCUCGAACUUGAACCUGCCCUCCAAGUUCGUGCGCAUUGCCCCUGUGCCUAUUGCCGCCAAGCCCAUUGGGUCAGGACCCCUGGGACCCGGCCCUGCUGGCCUCCUUAUGGGCCAGAAGUUUCCCAAGAACCCAGCAGCUGAACUCAUCAAAAUGCACAAAUGUACUUUCCCUGGCUGCAGCAAGAUGUACACCAAAAGCAGCCAUCUCAAGGCCCACCUGCGACGGCACACAGGCGAGAAACCCUUUGCUUGCACCUGGCCAGGCUGUGGCUGGAGGUUCUCGCGCUCCGACGAGCUGUCUCGGCACCGGCGCUCACACUCGGGCGUGAAGCCCUACCAGUGCCCUGUGUGCGAGAAGAAGUUCGCACGGAGCGACCACCUGUCCAAGCACAUCAAGGUGCACCGUUUCCCCCGCAGCAGCCGCUCAGUGCGCGCCGCCAACUGAGCCCCGCCCCCUCCCGCCCCCCGGCCGGAUCGCCCUGAUAUUUUGUAGCAAUAAUUUAUUUGCCUCCUUCAGAGGGACGUGACAAUGUUAUCAACCAACCUUCCGAAGCCCAGGACAUGUGGGAAGAGGGGAUCUGGCCUGGGAGGCAGGAACCCAGAGCCCCCCACCUGCUGCCUUUCCUGGGGAGAGACCCAACCCCCGACCUGGAGGCGGGCUGUCGUGCCUUAACGCCUUGGUGCCUUCCAGCGUGCCCAUCUCUGCUGCAGCAGGAGGGGGGGCGCCUGGCCCUUCUCCCACUGGGCUCCCCGCCUGGGCCAGGGCCAGGGCCAGCGCCAGCACUAGUUCUUCAUUGCCCAGGAAGAUGAAAUGUGCAGUUUUGAAAUGCCAGUUCCCAGAGGAAGCCACACAGGAAAGAAGGAAGUAGGCCGAAAGUCCUGGGCUGCACUGUGGUGUGAGGGUAGCUUUGUCCAUGAUGCCUCGCCAAGCCUGACUACCAGAAGGUAUGGGCCCCGGGUGCUUAGGGGUACAGGACCUGGCCUCCGUGUAGCUGUGGGGUUGGGGUGAAAAGACCCCUUUCUGGGGGGCUGACAGUGCAUGUGCUUGAGUUAAAGGUACAAGACAGGCAGACAGAUGCAGGCUAGCUCUGGAUCAUCUGUGCCCAGUGUGGCUCAUCCUUUCAUCCUGUUUCCGGACAAAUCCAGACACUAGCCUCCAGGGCCACCUUUGGGAGGAGAGGGGAGCAGGCUGCAAUGCAUGUAGAAGAACCAGAUAGAGCCCCCAGUCCUGAUUUAGAAAUGCAUUCCUUAUUUUGUCUAGAAAUUAAUAUCAAAUGAACUAGCUUGUUUUGACAGGUUUAUUUCACAUCCUAUGAAUGUAUGUAAAUAAACUGUACAUAAGUACAUCUACAUAAAAUAUCUUUUAAUAACAUAUCAGCAUUUGUGUAAAUUUGAAAUUUUAAAAAUCUAUAAAGUGGUGUAUAUAUGUUACAAUUAUGUAUAUUUUCUUUGGUUCUUCAUAAGAAUAUAUUUACUUUGCCAAUAAAAAGAAAAA